AAUGUUCAUAUACACACACAUCUACUAUAAAUACUUCAUUUAUUUCCUAGUACACUCCAUUCCUUAGAACAGUUGGAACAUUGCAAUCAUGUCCCGCCACCGUAUCCUUCUGGUAACAUACCCAGCCCAAGGCCACAUAAAUCCAGCCCUCCAAUUCGCUAAGCGCCUCAUAUCCAUGGGUGCACAUGUCACUCUUCCUAUAACUCGUCACCUCUACCGUCGCUUAAUCCACCUCAAUUCAUCCCUAACCACCAUCCCCAACCUCUCCCUCACUCCUUUUUCCGACGGUUAUGAUGAUGGUUUCAUGGCCAUCGAUCGCACUGACGCUGAUUUCAACCUCUACUCUUCACAAUUCAAUAGUCGUGGCUCCGACUUUGUCACCAAUCUCAUUCUCUCCGCCAAACAAGAAUCUCAACCUUUUACUUGCUUACUCUACACCUUACUCCUUCCUUGGGCUCCGCGAGUAGCGCGCGGAUUUAACCUCCGCUCAGCGCAACUCUGGAUUGAGCCCGCCACAGUGUUUGAUAUUCUCUAUUACUAUUUUCACGGUUAUAGUAACCAUAUCAAUAACCAACACAAAACUACCAUUGAAUUACCAGGAUUGCCCUUUACGUUAUCGCCAUGUGACAUACCUUCUUUUUUGUUUCGCUCGAAUCCAAGUCCACUGUCUUUUGUUUUUCCGUAUUUUCAAGAACAAUUUCACGAGCUCGAUGUUGAAACCAAUCCAAUAAUACUUGUAAAUACCUUUGAAGCUUUGGAGUCGGAGGCACUCAGAGCCGUUGAUACUAUUAAUAACCUCAAAAUGAUUCCCAUCGGGCCGUUGAUUCCAUUUAAUUCUGAUGCUUCUUUUAGUGGCGACCUCUUGCAAGUUUCAAGUGACUAUGUCGAAUGGUUGAAUUCAAAACCAAAUUCUUCAGUUGUUUAUGUUUCGUUUGGUAGUUACUUUGUUUUGUCUCAGAGACAAACAGAUGAAAUUGCAGGUGCGUUGUUGGAUUGUGGAUUUUCAUUCUUAUGGGUCUUGAGAGAAAAAGAGGAGGAUUUGAAAUUUAAAGAGGAAUUGGGAGAGAAAGGGAAGAUAGUAAAGUGGUGUUCUCAAAUGGAGGUUCUUUCACAUUCGUCAUUAGGUUGUUUCUUUACACAUUGUGGUUGGAAUUCGAGUUUGGAAAGCUUGGUAUCAGGGGUUCCUAUGGUGGCGUUUCCUCAAUGGACAGAUCAAAAGACUAAUGCAAAGUUAGUUGAAGAUGUUUGGAAGAUAGGGGUGAGAGUGGAUGGUAAAGUGAAUGAGGAUGGAAUUGUGGGAAGGGAGGAAAUUAGGAGGUGUUUGGAAGUGGUGAUGGGGAGUGGAGAGAAAGGAGAGGAAAUGAAAAAGAAUGCAAAGAAAUGGAAAGAAUUGGCUAGAGAGGCAGGGAAAGAAGGUGGUCCUGCAGAAAAGAAUCUAAGGUCAUUUUUGGAGGAAAAUGCAUGAGCAUGCAUAUGGCUAAAAAUUGGAUUUGGAUUCUUAUGUCAUAUGAAUUUUCUAGUUCAGUUAUGACAGGGCUCACCCUGUUUUUUCUUGCUUCUUUUCUAUGUCCACAAUAAAGCAUGAUGGUGAAGGCUAUAAAAUCCAAACCUAAACCUUGUAUUGUGGUUGUCUAUAUCAUCCCUUGUAUAUCAUCUUUAUGGUGACUAAUAUCAUCUUUAUAUAAUAAAUUAAUAUUGUAUUUUGAAGAA